UGGCGGGCGGCUCCACGGCAAUUGAGGCAGCAUGUUUGGCGACAACGAACAGCACCGCAUCUGCAGUGCGUGCGUCGCCAAGGACGGCAAGCGCAAGGCGCCAGCAGCUGACACCGGUGGAAGGGGACAAUCUAAACGCCCGAAGGUCACGAAUGGGGGGAGUAAGAAGUCUCAGCCUUCUCGUAAGGAGCCUCGUGCGCGGCCGGAUUUGGACACCAAGCUUGAGAUGCUGAAGCUCAUGGAUGCCAAGGCCACUCAUGAGCAGAUAGAGGGCCACCAACAUGUGGAUGAUCGGGGGCAAGUUACCACCAAGUUCUACCCUCCGCUGUGCACCUCCGUACACCAGCCCAUGGACAUGGGGAUCAUAGCCAAGACGAAGUGCAACUACAGGAAGGAGCUGCUCGACAUGAAGGGAUCCCGAAUCGAAGACGAGGACAUCGCCGAACUGCUGGCAGAACUCCGCAUCGAACUCGGAAAGCGGAUCGAGGAGGAAGCGGUGAACGCGAUUCAGGGGUGGGCUACUAUCGAGGACGAUGAUGAAGUCGUUGAGGCUAUCAGACUGGAUACGGUGGACGACAUGACGGCACAGCUGAAUGGGGUGCACGUGUCUGCCGGCCGCGAGGAGGAGGACGAACAGGAGGAGGACAGGGGCGAUGAGGACACGGGGCGUGUGCGCCGUGCCCCACCGGCGUAUGGUGAACUGUCGUCUUACUUCGGCGUCCUGGAAGCGGCAGCAGAGGAGAGUGGCAACGGAGAAGCGGCGCUUUAUCUAGCGAAAGCGAAGAUGGCGAUGAUAGUAGUGCAUUCCGCUACGCGGGUGCGCCAGGCGGACAUGAGAGAAAUUGUCGCGACGUAGCGAGGAUGCGGGUACAGCUGUAGCAGUGGUUGUUUUCUUGCGGUGCGUUGCCUGUUUUUUUUUUGUAUUGUUUUUUGUUGCAACAUCGAACGGGGUGCGCCAGGUAGACACGAGAGAAUUUUGUCGCGACGCAGCAAGGGCGGGGGUUACAGCUGUAGUUGUGUGUGUGUGUGUGUGUGUGUGUGUGUGUUUUUUUUUUUGGUGCGCUUUAAAUUGUUUUGUUUCUUGAUUUUCAUUUUUCAACAUCGAAGGAGGGCAANUUGCCUGUUUUUUUUUUGUAUUGUUUUUUGUUGCAACAUCGAACGGGGUGCGCCAGGUAGACACGAGAGAAUUUUGUCGCGACGCAGCAAGGGCGGGGGUUACAGCUGUAGUUGUGUGUGUGUGUGUGUGUGUGUGUGUGUGUGUGUGUUUUUUUUUUUGGUGCGCUUUAAAUUGUUUUGUUUCUUGAUUUUCAUUUUUCAACAUCGAAGGAGGGCAACAAAGGGUGAAAUUUUGCUUUGUACGAACGAGGGCUUUUGAAGCAGUUUGUGCCGGUCACAGCCUACUCGGGUGCAUGAUGUGUGUUUCCCUUUCGCCAUCGACUAGUCUUGGUAAGGCACUGCUGUAGCCCGAAAUGCAACGAUCUUAUUUUACAAAACUCUUGUGGGCUCGACAGGGUGAAACCUCACGUGUCGCGGGAAAGAAAGUCUGCCCAGGCCUACACUAGAACUUCACAUAACAGCAGUGUCGAUCCAUUUCGUACUA